AGUAGAGGGCCUGCGUGCGCAGGCUGAUUUCAUGAAUCGCUUUCGAUGAUGAUGAUGGCAUCCUGAUUAUUUUUUUGAAAGACGAAAAUACGAUUCAUAGGAUGACGUAUGAAAAAUUAAGAAGUUCGUGUAAUCAAUAUGGCAGAUAUAGAGGUGUGUCGUGAGCAUCAAACAUUAACAGCUGAUUACAGUAUCACCGUAGCAAACCAUUGGUCGCUUGCGUUGCAACUUGCAAUGCUGCUGCUCCCGCAGAAAAUAAGUAAAAGGUGACGUGAUUGUGUACACACAACAUCGGAAUUUUUGCGAAAAGACGACAAAAAGGCUAAUUUUUUAUUCAAUCUGGCUCCUACGAAAAACACCACAGCCAUGUUAAAACCCAAAGCUCUUACACAAGUUUUGAGUCAAGCCAAUACUGGAGGCGUCGAAAAUACUUUAUUACUUAAUAGAGAUGGUGGAUUGUUAGCGUACAGUGGCUAUGGAGAUAAAGAUGCUCGAGUAACUGCUGCCAUUACUAGUAAUAUCUGGUCAGCAUAUGAAAAAAAUGGUCGAAAUGCUUUCAAAGAAGAUGAACUCAAAUUUGUUCUUAUGGAAUGUGCUGAAGGCAAGGUAGUAAUUACAGAAGUAGCCAAUUUGUUACUCUGUCUUUAUGCUAGACAGAAUGUUGGCUUUGGACUGCUAAGAGAAAAAGCACAAGCACUGGCAAAGUAUCUGGAUGGGCCACUGCGAACAAUAGCAAACAUGCCAUAAUAAAGAAAUCUCAUUAAUAGUUUUUAAGUUUCCAUAUUACUUUAUAUAUUAUUACUCAGAAUUAAGCAUUGAACAGACAAUAUUGUUUAUUAUGUUGUAAUAAAAAGAAAAAGAUAAUUUGUAUGCAAGAGGGUUUUUGUUUAUUCUGUCUUUUCAUUUAAUACAAUUUACAAUCGAUACAAACGAUACAUACUUUCGUCAUCUGAUGUGUAUUUCGCAUAUAUAUAUACAUAUACGAAGAUAGUGUCGAGCAUGUUUAACGCGUGCAUCAUAUAAGUUUCAAGAGUAGAAUUUGUAAUAUAUUUAUAUAUAUCCACCUCUUACAAUCGACUAUAAAUUUCAUUUUGCCUCGUACAGGGUACAAUAUAGCGUGUAAUCGGCCUACUAUGUACAACUCGCGCGACGCAGACGAUAUCUCGUUACGUGUUUAUUUUUCUUAUAUCCUCGAUUCUUUUGAGUAAGAUUAUAAGUACAAAAUGUAUAAUAUUGGUCGAGUCCGAAUCGUUUGAAGCUCACUAUCUACAAACUUUUGUCAAACCAAAGAUCGCAAAAGCAUCUCCGUUUGAAUGAUUUAUAUUCUUCACAUGCCUAUUCAUUUGUUUCUUAAAUAGCGACACAGCUAUCUAAAUAUACAUAUUGUCGAGAGCGCUUUUCUUUGUAUAUUAUUAUUUGUUUUACCUCCACUACAUUUCCGUGAUUGCCUAUUUUUUAAGUCUACAGUCGUCUAUAAAUUGUAUAAUCAUUACAGCUGAGCCUCGCCCUGCGAUUGAAGAUCACGCACCGAGCGGAGAUAUAGCGGGCUUCAUUAUAUCACAAAAUUUUAAAUACCUCUUACGUUUGUGACCAGAAUCAGAUGUCGGUACACUAUUCUUUUCUGUUGUUUGUAUAUACGUAUGUAAGCAUUAAAUUAUGUAUAUAUGGUUUAUAAGGACUCAAAAAAUUGUUCUGCUACUACACAUAUGCUGCUGUCAAGGUAUACGUUCCAAUUUCUAUAUAUACUGACCGAUGUCGCGCUUGUAGAAAAGAUUGUUAUGUCCGACAGGCAAACACCAGCUUGCGUGUGGUAAUGAGACAUAAUUACAGUCACCGUCGUCGGAUACGUUAUUAUUAUUAUUCAUACGAUUACAUGCUGUAUAAUUAUGUAUACACGUACAUAAAAUACAUACAUACGCGGGAAUAACAUUUAAUAUUGCACUCCACUUGUUAUUUAAUUUUUGUUUGUUUUACUGUCUAGUCUACAGAAAUACCUAUUACAGACAUCGGUAACAAUCAAGAUAUAUCGGAUCGAAAUACAUAGUAUCUCUUGACAACUCCAUUAUACAUGACUACCUUUUUACUUAUUUUUGUAGUGUGUGCGCGUGCGUGUGUACGUGUGUGUGUGUAUGUGAGUGGGUGUGCGUAUUGUGUGUGCCACCAAAUAUCACGCAGACGGUAGAAAAAACCGUAUUGUAAGUUGCAAAUUUACAUUUUAUGUUUUCCAGGGCGGCAGUGCAGAGGUUCCGUUUUUUUUCCCUCAUCUUCGAAUACAUUUUUAAUACGUUUACGCAUGCGAAUGCACAGUUUGAGAGAUAAAGUCGCUGUCGGAGAGUUGAAAACUUGAAUUGUUUUGAAAUAUUUGGCGUUGUAAAAAAUCCAAUUUACGACUGGAUAUCAAUUUCAAUUUUUUGAAAUCUUAUCAAUAAUUUUAUUUGAAAUAUCGCUGACCCUUUAAUUUCUCUUCGAUCUAUUCCAGUCUUCAAUUUUUCAUAAAAAAUUACUUGUUCAAUAAAAUAUAACAAUAAUAAUCCCUUUUUUUUAUAAAAGAUAUAAAUCACUUUCGAAAACUCUACAUUUCAAUCGUAACCAUUGAAAUCGAAAACGUUGGCCCUUACUAAAUUUGUAAAAGUAGGCACUGUUAUAUAAAUACGAGGUUGAACAAAAUAAAUUUGAAAGCACGAUUAGACAUUUAAAGCUCCAUUUUCAAACUCAAGGAGCAAGUUUGGGAUAGUGCUCGAUAAUACUUUCGCACAACAUUAAAACUCCAAAACAAUUCAGCAUCUCAGACAACAGCUGUCCAUGGUCGCUCUCUCGAAGCUCAAAACGUGCUCUUUAAACGGAAAACAAUGAAGGCUAUUGAGAAACGAAGGUACCGAGGUGACAAUUAUGUACAAUGAGAGUAGAGUGGUGGAGAGGGAGAGGGGGGGGGGGGGGGGGGCUAUCGCAGAAGGAAAAGCGUGUGACGCACGUGGCGUAAAGAAGAAUAACACUAAGAGUAAUGCGAAGUUUGUUGAGAGCUGCAGAGUUACUGCAAGUUUGCUCGUGUCAGUGUGUCUCAGUUCAGUUAGCGUGGCGUUGUUGCUGAUUACGGUGGGGCCAAUUGUGUGCGAAGCUUGCCCUGGACUUGCGUGCCAGGUGCUUGAGAAGCGGCCACAGCCGCGGCAGGCAGCAACGCAAUAAACCGCCGGCCGCCGACGAUUCUGUCAGCCCUAGGCCCGUGUAUUACAUCCUUGAGCCUUUUUGCUGCAGCACCUACAAAAUCAAAAGACCACCAGAUUCGACCACGUGCACAAUGGAUUGGCUUCUUUUAUUGUCACCAGGUACGCUAAUGUGUGCGUAUGUGCGCGCGCGCGUGUGUGCGUGAGUGUGUAUGUACGUAAGAGUAUGUUGAAGCAAGCUCUUUGCCGUUUUCAGCUUGAUGGAACUGCUUUCCAAAGUUGCUAAGAUCUUGAGAGCAGAUUGAGAGGCUUUAUGAGACGGUUUGCCAAGUGCUGUGCGCGUCAUUGAAUAAUAAUAAACAGAAUAGCUAAUACUAUUAUUUUCAAGUUUUAUCAAUAGUCUUUUCACAUCUUUUAAACAGAUAGAUUUUCAGGAUGGUCAUGCGAAACUGACAAAUUUCAGACCUCUUUGUUGCAAAAUGGAUUGACAACGUUCAACAAACUCAUCCCUUAUAUUCUUUUUCUAAGUUUAUUUAUCUCUAAAUAACGAUUUAUUUCUGAACAGUGAUAAUUUUUACAUAUUUUACUACCGUUAAAAAUCAAUCAUGAUGUAAAUUGGCUUCAUUAUGCGACGACAUACAGUA